AUGAAAACUGUUGGUGUCAAUCAGUCAAGAUAUAUGCAAGCAAGCACAGCUUUGUAUGUACCUUACUAUACAUGGCGUGCUUCUUACAAUUACUCAAUGACACUAACAAACAAAGGUGUGCUUACAUUGUUUCGGCAGAUCCCAAGUAUCCUCACUGCCAUUGAUUUCUCAAAGCUUGAAUCAUUAGACCUUUCUCAAAAUAAGCUCUCGGGAGAGAUACCCCAGCAGCUGACCCAACUCACAUUCCUUGAAAUCUUCGAUGUCUCUCAUAAUUAUCUCACAGGUCCUAUUCCACGAGGAAGACAAUUUGAUACAUUUGAAAAUAGUUCCUAUGAAGGGAAUUCAGGAUUGUGUGGAGACCCUUUGUCGAAGAAAUGUGGCAAUUUAGAAGCAUCACCACCAACUUCAAAAUUGAAGCAAAAUGAAGAUGAUGAUUCAUGGUUUCCAAUUGAUAAAAGUGAUUGGAUUGUGAUAUGCAUGGGCUAUGGAGGUGGGUUAGUAGUUGCGCUGAUCAUUGGGAACACUCUGACCACAAGGCAUCAUUAA